CAAUGAAUGCCAUCCCUUUUAAUAACAAUAUUGAUUGUAUGAUUUAUCUAUAAAAGAUCGAUCACUUCCAUAGACUGCCUUUCCUACAAGAAAUAUUAAUAGAAAUGCUACUCAACAAUCCCCUUAAAAAAUUCCCAAAAGGUUUUUUAACAUUAAUUAUUUCUUAGAGAAUUCGAUUAUAAACUAAUCUAAUCAUAAACUUAAAAUCUAAAUGCAUCAUCUCAUUCUUUAUCAAGACUUAGAUCUGACACACCUAUUACUAUAAGAGGAUAAAAUUAUCGUUAUGUAGGUUAAAUGAAUGGAAACUAGAGGGAAGGAGUUGGUUCUUAUUAUACAAAUGAACUCGAAUAUGAAGGAUAAUGGUACAAUAAUGUUUAUCAUGGAUUUGGAAAAUUAUAUUAAGAUGGCAAAUUAUCAUAUUAAGGACAAUUCAAAAAUGGUUUGAAAUAUGGAGCUGGGAUUGAAUAUUAUGAAGAUGAAUCUUAUUUUGUUGGCAAUUUUGAAAAGAAUCAAAAAAAUGGUAUUGGAACACUUUAUAAAAAAAAUGAAAAUAUAUAAGGAUUAUGGCAAAAUGAUAAAUUAUUAGAGAAAUAUUGA